AUGGUAAUAUUUUAGAUUGUAAUCCUCUAUGUUAUAGAGUAUUUGGAUAUUAAUAUCACCUCUGUAAAAUUUAAAUAAAUUAAUAAUUGUAAGCUUUAGUAGUAUGUAAAAUGUUUGGAAUGUCAAAUUGAAUAUCAAUUAGUUUUUCAUAAAAUCACUGCAUUUAAAAGUGUUUAGAUGGAAUAAUAAUAUCUAAAGAAAUUUGUGAUGAUGGGAAUAGAAUUCAAUUUGUUGUUUGUAAUAAUACUAAAAAAGUUUUUAAUUAGAAUGUUUAUUUUUCUCCAAUAUUAAGUGCUAUCUUUGUCAAGAAGGUUGGAAUCUUCAAGAAUAUUAUUGUACUUAUAUCUGUGGAGAAGGGCAAUUAGCAAUCUUAUACAAUGA